UCCCGUUUCUAAAUUUGCAUAAAUGGACGUUUGCGUAGAAUCAAUGCGCCUCUUGCAAGAGUUUGAAAAACUGGUUGGCUCGUUGGCAUAGCAACCAGAAGGCAGGCAGAGCAAACCACAGACACGCAGAGGGAAAAGGUGCAGAGAUGUAUAAAGUGGACAUUCAGCCAGAUAUAAAAGAGGCAGCUGCCACUGAAGCCCGCAGGAACCGGGAGAAACAAAGACAGAGCCGCAUCUUUAAUGCUCGCUACCGCACAAUGGGGGUGGACGUGGAAGGUUUGAAGAGCCAGGUGGAAGAGCGAAAACUCAGAGAGAAUGCAGAGAAGCGACGGGAUGAAGCUUUUGAUGCAGAUCGGGCGCAGUGUGACAAGAUUGCGCAGAUGCUGGAGGAAGAAGAGCGGCAACGGAAAAGGCAGCUUAACCAGGCUGUGGUGGAUUUCCGUGAGUGGGAACAGCAGCCCUCCAUGAGCCGUGAGUGGGACAUCCAUGACCCAGAGGCAGUACGGAAGGGGCACCCAGCCCGGGUGAGUGAUGAUGACCCCCGCUGUGGCCCUUCUAGCAUGCAGCGUUUUACUGGUGAGGACCUGAACGCGCUUGCUCGGCAAAAACUGCACAAGGAGCAGAACAAACGUGCCCUGGAGGAGCAGAGAAGUGAACGGGAAAAGCACCUUGCUGACCGCAAAUAUGCCGAUAUCCUGGAAGACAAAAAGAGGAUAGAGUUGGACCUACGAGCCCUAGAGUUAGCACGUUUGGAGGAGGAAUGUCGCAAGGCCAAAGCCAUGGCAAUAGCUGACUUUAAUCGAGCCCAGGCCGCAGGGGUUGCUGAGCAGCAGCAUCUAGCCCAGCAGCGUGAACAGGAUGAUAACCAUGCAGAGAUCUACAACCACCUGACUGGUGACAUCCUGACCGAAAAUCCUGACAUAGCCCAAAGCCUUGUGGGGCCACACCGCAUAAUCACUGACCGCUGGAAGGGGAUGACUGCUGCAGAAGUGGAGGCUGUGCGGAAAAUGCAGGAGGAGCAGCGUAAGGAGAACAAGAGGCUGCGUGAAGAGGAGCGGCAACGGGAUGCCGAAUGGGACCGGCAACGGGAUUUGGCUGCCCGUGCCACCAUGGAGAUGGAGGAGCAGGAACAGAAUUUCCGCUUGCAGCUGAGAAAGAGCCUGGAUGCUUAUAACCAGGAGCUGGCGGAUGCACAGAAGUCAAACUUACGAUAUCUAGAGAAAGAGGUCUACACCAAUGCACCCACGGCCCAGUACCAUCUGCAGUUUAAUACUAGCAGCCGCUGACUGAUGGAUGACUAACCCAGUUCCAAAGCUGGCAGGAAUAAAUCAGUAAAGUAUUUUUUGUAUAGACAAAUGGAGCCAUCUGGUGGCAAUAAGGUAGAGAUAUAACUACUAAGCAAUUGCUGAUAACCAGGGACUACAAACAAGUUCUAUUAGGGCCAGUUUACAUCUCAUGUGGAGUAGACUCUGAAACCACUCCACAUGGGACCUUUGAGUGGGUGGAUAUCUGCAUUGGCGUAGCAGAUUGCCCAACCACGUUGCAAGCUAUUGUGUACAAAUGUCUUACUAUGUGACCUUAGCGAAGGAAAUUAGGAGUGACUGGGAUGGUUUCUUUUGCACAUGCUUAUCAGAAUAGGGUGCUUUAACACACAAUGUGGAAAUCAUCUCUAUAAGC